AUGACAGAUAAUGCCACUAAACUCAGAGAGAAGCUGACAUUUCCAAGAAUCCUGAUUGAAGUUUCAAUAGAAAUAAAGCUACCAUACUCUAUUCAAUUUGAAGAUGAACUAGGAAGAUGCAUAGAAGUGAAUAUAUUGUAUGAUUGGAAACCUGAUUUGUGCCAGCAUUGCAAAGGAAUGGAGCACAAAACAGAAGAUUGCAGGAAAAACAGACCUACUAGAAAACAAUGGGUAACCAAAAUAGAUGAUAAGAAAAAGGAAAUUCAGGAAGAAAAGAAGCAUGAUCCCAAUGAUUUCCAAGUUGUCAAUAAACGAUGGAGAGGCAGGAAUGCAAGGCAAAAAGGACACCCAGAAACUAUAAUUACCAACACCUUCAAUGCUCUAUGA